UACACGUUUCAUUUUCUUUUCCUCCACAAAGCUGAUAUGCAGGCAGGCUAGGCUUCUGUUUCCGUGGUGUGAAGAGCUCACACCUGCCGGCUUGGAGCUGGCCUCCCUUCACAGCUGCCAGGGUUACUGGGCUCCACCACACAAGGACACCCAGCCCCGAGCAGGCCCACCCUCUCUAGGCCAAAGUGCAGGAGCCUGUCGCUCUCUCCCAGCCCCCCUGCCAAUUCUCCCAGGGCUUCCAGAAGCUGCUGUCAGCAUGGCCGGUGCCCCUGCGGACCCAGGUGAGACAGACCUUAAGCAGAGGAUUCUGCGGGUGCUGAGGGACGCUGGAUGCCCCAUGAAGACUGCCCUGCUGGUAAAGGAAUGCCAAGUGCCCAAGAAUAAACUCAACCAAGUCCUCUACCGGAUGAAGGAUGAGUCGCAAGUGGCCCUCGCAGGCCCCGGAACUUGGUGCUUGGGCAAUGGUGGGACUGGAGAAGCGGUUUCCACAGCGCUGGCCCAGCCUAGCCGGGCAGAGAGACCCCAGCAAGACGUAGUUACAAUCCCAGAAAGACCUGACUGUCAGCUCAGUGAACAGCAGGAAAAGAUCUAUAGGUUUCUGGAAGCCAGUGGGCCCUGUAGGGCCCUGAACAUCGCCAAGUCCCUGGGAAUGAUGACAGCAAGAGAAGUCAACCCAGACUUAUAUGCCAUGAGUAAAAAGCAUCUUCUGGACUUCAACCAGAAUUCAAAAGUAUGGGCAAUUUAUCGACCAGCAGAAGGUUCUGGAGGAAGAAAUCAGUCCACCGCAGUCAUUUACCAGCAAAAUCCCAUCAACAUGAUCUAUCAGAACGGCCCAGGCAGCCACAUUUCCAUUGCGAACUCUCAAGCCAUCCAGAUCGGACACGGGAACCUCAUACUGAGCCAGACGGCCUCUGGGGAGAAUGGCCCCACGGUUCCCCUCUACCCCCCUCCACUGGAAUCAGCUGAUCCAUCAACUCAGGACCCUCUGGCUAGAUCCUGGGGGUCCCAGGAUAUCUACAUGGAGAAGUCUGAGUUCAGACGGGUGCAGCUGGGACACGGCAAUGAGCUAAGCAUUCAUAGCACCCCGACCAAGGGCCCUGCCUGCAGCCCCGCUGGCAAAACCACAGCCUCUGCCACCACUGCUGGCUCAGAAGCUUCAUUCGAAAUUCGAAUGCCCACGCCAAGACCUCACACCGAGGGGGACACGGGGAACGUGGUCCAAAAAGUCCACAUCAGCUCCUGCCUCCUGGAGGAUGCAGCCAUUGGCAACAGCAACAGGAUGAGAGUCAGCCUGGGGGCAGCUGGUCCAGGAGGAGGGGCAGGGCCUGAAGACAGCGAUGGGGACCCUGGGGAGCCGGCAGAGGACGCAGCUCCUCAUUCAGAAGCUGCUCAGCCCAGCGACAAUUUCCCUGACAACGUGAGUCACACUGAUGUUGACAUUUCCACGUUAACCUUCCACCUGGAAGCUGUGACUCUUGAAAGCAGGGAUCCGGAAGCUGCAGAAGACUGCCCCUGAGUGGAUAGAACCCCAGAUGUGGGGUCCCCAGGGGGAGGUGGGGUUCUGAAUAAAGGGUCCAUGGAUAGACUUGCUUCAACCGAGGCCAGGAGGGAGCCAGUGGAGCCCUUGCACUGUGCUGUCACGUCCCAUAAACGUCCUUGUUGACCUUGCCUCAUGAUGUGUGGCCAACGUGAGUCAGCACUUGGGCUGCGCCAAGGCUGGGUCUGCGGGUGGCUAGGGGCAGACAGAAGGGGCAUCCCCCUGGGCCCCUCAGGGUGCUGAGGGGAGGUGGGCUGAUGGGAACAGGACUCAGGCAGCCAGCAGGGCCCAGGCCACACUCCCAACUCCCUCCUGGACCACCUUCCAUCAAGGCUCCCACUCUUUUCUCCUCACUCAAGACCUGAAUUCCUCAAGGCCUAUCAUGGCCUCCUAACCUCUUUACCACCUGACCUUUCUAGAACCUUCCCGCCUCAGCCUUGAUCUCAGGAUUUCUUAGCUAAACCUCCAGAGAACAAAUCUCUCCCCUCCAAGUCCUGGUGGAAACCAUUGGCCAGCUGUGGGCCAGGUGUCCUCCAGUGGAUGCCAUUGGCCAGCCCAGGGGUCAGGUGACCUCUGCUGGCCAAUCAGCAAGGAAUGCUUAUUCUAUACCAGACAUGGUGCUUGCUAGGGACUGAGUUCCCUUACAAGAAGUGUGAGCACUGGGGCAUUUCCAGAAACCAGGAGUAGGGUGGGAAUGGGGGCACUUGGGGAGGGAUGAUGAGAGGAAGGUAGAGAAGGAUGGAGGGAGGUGCUGAUCAGCCAGGCAGGGCCAUUAUGGAAUAGGACUUACGCCUUCCAUGGGCGCACACACAGAGGCAACUGUCUACAGGCACCCCCACUUCCCCACCCAAUGCCACACCCAUACCUCAGGUGCACGUUUUUCAUUCUUUGCUGUGUUUGGUCCAUGGAUAAUGGCCUGGGCAUCCAACACCCAGAGGCCAUGUCCACUGGGGCUAAUGUCCGCCUGGGAGGCGAGGGACUGGCUCAUCACAGGGCCUCAGUAAAAAGAAAUCAUUGAACAAAUUUUUAUCUCCUUUCCCAACUCCACUGGAAGAGUCUCAAGGACAGGUGCCCUGAUACGUUGAUCAGUGCCUGGACCAACACACAGCCCUUACACUGUGUCCCCUAAAGGCGAGCUCCUGGAUCCAGUCAUUCCUGAAGCAGGCUCCUCUGCACUUGUCCAUUAGACGAGCCGGCAUGUCCCUUCCGUGUGCAGGUCAGCUCUAGUCUGAGGGUAGUUUCUCAGGGCAGCGUGUCUCUCUCGCGUCUGCCACCCCUCUCCUUAGCUUGAAGCCACUCAGC